AUGGCCAAAGUUUGGAGUCUGACAGCAAUGAGUUGUGCAUGUGUGAAUGUGUGUCUUCAUGUCCUAAGGUUUGGGGAUGACAGUAGCCAUGUUUCUUGUAUCAUAGUGAUGACAAUAUGUUAUUUUGGUGCAGGAGAUAUGUCAUCAUUAUGUGGUCUCCGCUUUUAUUGCCAUCAGUGUGGUCGUACAUACAAGCACAAGGAUAAGUUGAGACGCCACUUACGUCUGGAGUGUGGAGUGCCGCGACGCUUUACAUGCUUUGCAUGUUCAAGAAGCUUUAAGCACAAGCAUCACCUUACUCACCACCAGCGCCAAAGCAAAUGUGCUUCAUUAAUCAGAAGAUUGUAUGAAUGUGAAUUCCCUGCAUUUUCCAGCACAAAGGUUUUAUCACUUGUGGGAGGAGAGACAUCAUCAGUAUGUGGCCUCCGCUUUUAUUGCCAUCAGUGUGGUCGUACAUACCAGCACAAGGAUACAUUGAGACGCCAUUUACGUCUGGAGUGUGGAGUGCCACGACACUUUACAUGCUUUGCAUGUUCAAGAAACUUUAAGCACAAGCAUCACCUUACUGACCAUCAACGUAAAAGCAAAUGUGCUAAGUUAAUCCAAAGUUCUUUGCCAAAUGAUGAAAUUUAG